AUGUUCCUGGAGUUUGUAAUCCAGCGGACGCCUUGUCUAGAGCCAGAGGACAACUGGCCAACUGCUCCUGUGACUGAGCCAACUGAGGAUCCAGAGGCCAAGAGACUCACAGUGAUGAGGACUUCCCUCAUCGACACAACGCUCUUAGAGAAAUACUCAUCCAUCAACAAAGUAAAAAGAAUUAUUCCCUACUUGUUGCGAUUCAAAGAACCAGUGGGAGACAAGAGUAAACUGCAAGGUCUGAAUCCAGUACUCGACUCCAGUGGUAUCAUCAGAGUGGGUGGAAGGCUGAGCAAGUCAGAGCUUCCCUACGAGCAGAAAUAUCCCAUUCUGUUGCCUAAAAAUCAUCACAUUACUGAAAUGAUUGUCAGACAUGCACACCAGGAGCAUGCACAUGCAGCAGUGUCAGCUACAUUAUAUGCACUACGACGAAGAUUUUGGAGUAUGGGUGGACGCAAUUACAUUCGUCAACUCCUCUUCAAGUGCAUUCCAUGUAUCAAGGCAAAGCCGCCCACUGUCGACUACAUCAUGGGUGACCUGCCACAGGCGCGGGUCACAAAAGCAAGAUCCUUCCUCAAUGUCGGAGUAGACUACUGCGGUUCCUUCAUGGUGAAGGAGAAGCAACACCAUAAUCGAGGUCAGGUGAAAACAUAUGUUGCAGUUUUCGUUUGCCUGGUCACUAAGGCAAUUCACCUGGAGCUGGUCAGUGGCAUGACCACUGCAGGAUUCAUGGCAGCAUUACGACGAUUCAUCGCUAGAAGAGGCAGGUGCCAACUCAUUCAGUCAGACAACGGGACCAAUUUCGUUGGCGCAAACAACGAAAUGACUGAACUAGUCGAAACACUUCGAUCGGAAGCCCACAAUAAGGAGGUGGCUGCUUUCCUCAAUGACAAGGGAAUAAAAUGGCGUUUCAUCCCACCAGCAGCACCACAUUUCGGUGGAAUCUGGGAGGCCGCCGUUAAGUCAUUUAAACACCACCUCAAGAGAGUUGUGGGCCCAGAAUUGCUGACUUUUGAACAAUUAAAUACGUUCAUCAUCGAGAUUGAAUCAAUUCUCAACUCUCGCCCACUCACACCAGUGUCAUCAGACCCCAACGAUUUGUUGGCACUAACACCAGGGCACUUCUUGAUCGGAGAAUCACUCACGAGUCUACCUGAGCACGAUCUGAGGAAAGUACCCAACAAUCGCCUCGACAAUUGGGAGCUCAUUCAAAAGAUUCGCCAACACUUCUGGCAGAGAUGGUACAAGGAGUACUUGAGUGAGCUAACGAUGAGAAGGAAAUGGAAGUCAGGCCAGCACUCAAUCAAGGAAGGUGCACUGGUCAUUCUGAAGGAAGACAACCUGCCACGCAUGCAUUGGAAGCUGGGGCGUAUCAUCGAGAUUCAUCCAGGCAAUGACGGUAUGGUCAGAGUGGCCACAAUCAAAACAGCCAGUGGUAUCCUGAAACGCACUGUGAAGAAGCUCUCUCCUCUUCCAGUGCCAGAUAACGAUAAAGAAAAUUAA